GUUAAGGGGAGAAUAGGGGACUCAGCAGCCCCCAAUGAAGCGCUCGCCUCGGAGGACCAUCUGAAGGAGUCUCGCUUCUUACCAUGAAUCCAGCAGGUCACACAUAACAUCCAAGCGUCUGUCUCGGAAAAGUGGAAAAAACAAGAGCUCCAGAAAGACCAGAAAUAGGCCUGCGAAGUUGUUUUUUUCCUUCUCGGUAUCUGCCUGGAUCUUCGCAGACGAAAAGCGCAUAUAAGUUCGGUUUGGUGCUUUGGGGUUUUGAAACGAGUUGGUUCCUCUCGUACCGACCAUGGAGUACACAUCGUCCCCGAAGCCGCAGCUUUCUUCCCGGGCGAACGCGUUCUCUAUCGCCGCUCUCAUGUCAAGCGGGAAGCCCAAGGACAAGGAGGCGGAGGAGAGCACCAUCAAGCCCCUAGAACAAUUCGUAGAGAAGUCCUCGUGCAACCAGAACCUAGGCGAGCUGUCCUCCCUGGACGGCCACGGGGACUUCAGCGGGAGCGCGCCCGUGGUGUGCACGGAACCGCUCAUCCCCACCAACCCUGGCGUACCGAGCGAGGAGAUGGCCAAGAUCUCCUGCGGCCUCGAGACCAAAGAGCUGUGGGACAAGUUCCACGAGCUCGGCACCGAAAUGAUCAUCACCAAGUCUGGGAGGAGAAUGUUCCCCACCAUCCGGGUGUCCUUCUCUGGGGUCGACCCGGACGCGAAGUACAUCGUGUUGAUGGACAUUGUACCCGUAGACAACAAACGUUACCGUUACGCCUACCACCGGUCCUCGUGGCUGGUGGCAGGAAAGGCAGACCCGCCUCUGCCCGCCAGGUUGUACGUCCAUCCUGACUCGCCGUUCACAGGAGAACAGUUACUGAAGCAGAUGGUGUCGUUCGAGAAGGUCAAGCUCACCAACAACGAGCUGGACCAACACGGACACAUAAUCCUGAACUCGAUGCACAAGUACCAGCCCCGCGUGCACAUCAUCAAAAAGAAGGAGCACACCGCCUCGCUGCUCAACCUGAAGUCCGAGGAGUUCCGCACCUUCGUGUUCACCGAGACCGUCUUCACAGCCGUCACGGCCUAUCAGAACCAGCUGAUCACCAAGCUGAAGAUCGAUAGUAACCCGUUCGCCAAGGGUUUCCGGGACUCCUCGCGGCUCACCGACAUGGAGAGCAGGGAAAGUGUUGAGAGUCUGAUCCACAAGCACUCGUACGCCCGCUCGCCCAUCCGCACCUACGCUGGAGAGGAGGACCCGCUGGGAGAGGACGGACACCCGGCCCACUCCAGGGGCUCAGCCUUCACAACGUCAGACAACCUGUCCCUGGGCUCCUGGGUUACCACCACCUCCGGCUUCUCAGGCUUCCAGCAUCCGCAGUCUCUGCCCCACCCCAUCCAGGGCUCCCUGCCCCCCUACAGCCGGCUGGGCAUGCCCCUGACGCCCGGCGCCCUGGCUGGCACCAUGCAGGGCGGUGGGCCGUCCUUCCCCUCCUUCCACAUGCCCCGCUACCACCACUACUUCCAGCAGGGCCCCUAUGCCGCCAUCCAGGGACUGAGGCACUCCUCCACCGUCAUGACCCCCUUCGUAUGACCUCUAUGGUGUCUGUAAGGGCCGACUCCCGCCCCCUUCCCACACUCACAGACACACACACACACACACACACACACACACACACACACACGCACACGCACGCACACACACACACACACACACACACACACACACACACACACACACACACACACACACACACGCACACGCACGCACACACACACACACACACGCGCACACGCACGCACACACACACACACACACACGCACACGCACGCACACACACACACACGCACACACACACACACACACACACACGCACGCACGCACACACACACACACACACACACACACACACACACACACGCACGCACGCACACACACACACACACACGCACACACACACACACUCACUCCUCGCUCGGCCAGGCCAUCCGUUGUGGCCGACCUACGUACCUUUGGGGACAACACGACGGGUCGUGCUUCAUGCUUCAAGCGCGGAUCCGCCCCACGUCGAACCCGCACUAUUGAUUUGUCUUGGUUUGACGUCUCUCCUCCAGAGUGAUUUUCUUUGUGUUGUAAAUAUUCCCACUGUAGGCCUAUCCCUCCGUCUGUGAAAAUCCAAAAAACAGAACAAUCAGUGGGAGGUUGUACGAGAGAGAGAGAGAGCGAGAGAGAGAAUGAUUAUGAAGCAGAUCUGCAGACUCCUCUUAUGAACCUCAACGACACAAAUUAUUUCAUAUGAGCUUCAUAUGAACGGAUGUUACCUGACCUGAGUUCCAGACGACACCUCAGCCUUCUAGAAAGAACAAUAUUUUUGGGGAUUUUGGUAAGUUUGUCAAGGCAGUGGCUGUAAGGCAGGUGGAUGGAGACUCACUUCGGUUUGGAAUUUUCUGGCAUGAGUCUGGGCAAGUGUCCGAGAAACCUUUCUUUGAAGUGCCCAGUGAAAUAUCGGAGCUCAGCAAGGGUUUCAAACAUUUCUCCGGUGGAACAGGGGGUGGCAGCCAUCUUGUUUGCUGUGUCUCAUUUUAGAGAUCUGGCAAAAAGAAACAAAAAGCAAUGUUCUGAUGAAAAUAAUGUCAAUAGCAUAUGGUAGAAAGCAAUGUACAAAUAUGGAAAUGCUACAAAUAUAGCCAAUUCUUACUGUAGAAUAAAAUACUUUAGGAGGCAUGCAGAAUCCUAUAGAUCAAUCUUUAAAUAGAUAACAAUGGUAAGUUUUCACCUUCAUUUUAGGCUUGCUACAUCUUCAGAAGCAAAAAGCUUUAACGACCAGUAUUGUUCAAAUAUGUGCACGUGAAUUAGGUUGUAUUGUACAAAUGUCCACCUUUGCUUUUCAAUGAAACUACCUAUAGAGAACUAAAUGGCUAUCCAUCUUGUUUAGAUCAAACACCGCCGGCGUAAUGUCUAUAAUGAAUGUGCACCAAAAUUCAGAAUCAGAUGACCAGAUUCAACAUGUGCAUGUGCGGAUCAUGUUUGAACGACAUUAAUUGUUCAUACCAAAUCCCAGAGAUACACAUAUUCUUUAUCCUUCAGUGUUGUUACUGGCCGGUCCUCUUGAUAUCCAGAGCUAGCAGUCACUGGGACUGGAGAGCCUCCCGAAGCUAGCGCAUGGCUGACUGUGGGCUCACUGUGUGGGGCUGCCCCACAGGAAACCAUCGUUAUUCUGUCCUUCUGACAGGAUGGAGGGAAGGGGUAAGGAAAAAUCUGUUUACAGCUGGGAGCUCGGAAUUUCCUCACUGAUUGUCUGCAUAAAGGUGAUUGAGGUGUUUAUAUGGCCAAAGUUAAAGCAGUUUGAAAAAUGUUAAUAGAUAAACACUUGGUAUACACAGGCACUGUGAUGAAUUGGUGAUGGAUGACAUUCCCGUUAAGAACAUACCUGUUUUCAAAUGCUACUUAAGGAGGGGACAGGAUAAGGGGUUUGGAUGCAGUUACAGCCAGCAUACAGAAUUACAUCAGGAUUAUCUAAUACACAUACCAGGGAUAUGAUGAAUGAUUUACAGAAUUGUGUGAAUUGUCAGACAUCUUAUUGAUACCCACAGAGGAAUGCCAUGAAAGGAAUUCUGAAAAUAUAAUCCAAAUACAUUUGCAUCCUAUAUAAAGAUCGACCUUGGUUCAAAGAAAAGGUUAAGUGGCAGCAUGACAUCAAACUGGUGCUUAACAGUAAUAUAUAAACUUCAUAAUGUGACCCCUUGCAUAUGUUUUGUGUGCAAGCAGUACAAGCUUAUUCACCUGAGGGCCAUAGGAUGAACAUGGUUGCUAUUAUACACUUUACCCACCUUAUUCCGAAAUUAAAGUAAAUCUCUGGUCCUGUCCUGACAUGAAAUGUAUCAAAACAGAUUGUACAUAUAAAGUGAACAUUCAUCUUCAUAACUGUUGUUAGAUAACAUUUGUCAAGGACUUCUCUCUCUGUAUUCGCUCAUCUUUUAUGAACACUGAAAAAUAACUGCUUAUUUGUCUUUGUUUCACUUAUUUGGUUUGUUGGUGAAUUCUUUGUAUGCCAUACAUAGGCCUAACCUGAAUAUGACACCCAAGAUAUUGUGUUUUGAAUUUUAAGUGCAAUAUAUUUAUUUUGCUCUCUGAGAAGGAAAUGUAAUGUACUAUGCCACGUUUAAAAAGUUGUUAUUUGUAAACUUGAGAAAUAUAUAUCGCCACACAAUGA